AUGGAGAAACAGCAUUUGAAACCCUUUGGUUCUUUCUAUGCUUCCACCACUCAGGAAGCAAAGAAAGAUCAAUUUCUUGCAGCUGAGCCAUCUGAAAAGAAGCGGAAUUCCAAGCAAGAUCAACAAGGCAAGAAUCAAAGAAAUCAAUCUUCUCCUGAUAAUGAGAUCAAUGCUAUCGUUGUUUCAAGUCGACUUGCAAAUGAAGUUUCAACUGAGCUAAAACUAUUUGAUGAAUCUUGGUUUACUGCCUCUGCUGCAACGAGAGAGGAACCUGUUGCAUCCAAAGAAUCAUCGGAUUCAGAAUCGAAAUCAUUGGUUCAAAAUAUUGCAGAGACAACAUCCAGCCCUGAAGAUGAGAGAAAAGAGAGUCCGAUGCAUGAUGUUCCGACAAUACUGAUGCUUUCUGAUCCAUGGAAGAUUAAGAAGAAGCUCACUGGUAGUGAUCUUGGUAACCUGUGCAGACUUUUGGUGGCAUCAAUAUCAGUCAGAAAUCAUAUUUUGCCAUUAUUGAGCGGUGAAACGGUUGAGCAGAUUGAAAAAGAUGGUGCUCCAGUUCCUAUAUGGGAUUGCGAUACUAAUACCGAACAACAUAUGGUUUUGAACACUGGCGUUCAUCGAAGAGUUAUGUUUUCAUCAAAGGCUGGAUGA